GACUAACUUUUUGAGAUCGGCUCCCCUCUUGCCUUCUUUUUGCAGACUUGAUUGCAACUGCCAUCCUCAUCCUCGUCACUGUCAUUGUGCUGCCAUAGCUGUCGAACUUGGUGGCCUCUUCUGCAUUUCGAUUCUACUCCUGCUUGGGGAAGCAUCUCAUACGCUAUCAUGGAAGAACCGGCAUGCUUUGUUCUGCACAAGCCGGCGCCCAAGGAUACCGGAGGAGGAGCAGGGGGGGGAGGCGGAGGAGGUGGAGGUUCAAGUGGGCGGGAGAAAUCCGAGACGAGCAGCAGGGCACAGAGAUAUGCGGCAAAGAACAGGGGACGGAUGGCAGGGACGGGUGUGCACGGAUUGUCGGGCUCAGAUGAUGACGUGUCAGGUGGGGAAGGACUGCCGCCGUGCUUCGCUGGCGAGCCUGCGUCCUGCCGUCGCCUUCGACUUCAGGCCUAUAAAGAGCUGUGGUGCUCUGUCGAAGGCAGGAUUAAGGACAUCAUCACUCGUUCGAACGAAGAUUCGUUUAAGCUAAUGUACCGGUGGAUCAAGGACACACAUGGCGAGGAUGUCCAUGCGUCCGGGUUUGUUGAUGACAUCAACGUGUCAGGCUCGGAUGGAGACGUCGACGGGGAGGAGAGCGCUCGAUCGCCUGAUUAUUACAGCAUGAGUCUGGCUCAUCAGCUUCCCACCGCCCUGCUGUUCAUGGGGGGAAUCGAUUCCUGUGACCAUUCUACGACAUUUGCGGCGUUAUCUCGUUAUCUGGAUGGCAAGUGCCACGUGGCGUGCCUGAAGCCGUCCAACUUCAACAGCGCCAACAGCAUAACCCCAGCUGUAGAGUCCAUGCUGAAACAGUUUACUGGCAUCACGCCUGAGACGACCGACAUUGAGAUACUCGCGUCCUGGUACUUUGAGCGCUCGAUAGUCAAUCAACACCCUCUGGUGAUCAUAAUUGAAGAUGCGGAGCGGUGCGACAGCGCGAUCCUUCAGCACCUUGUCAUGAUCCUAAGCGAUUGGCGGGCGGACCUGCCCAUCUUCCUGGUGCUGGGAAUGUCCACCUCAGCAGCGGCGUUGAGGCGUAUUCUUCCUGCCGCGGCCAUCGCCCGCCUGCGACCGCAGCGCUUCGCGGUGAAAUUGUCGCAGCAUCACUUGGCGUCUGUUUUCCGCGAGGUCCUCUUGGACGCUAAAACCAGCUGUGGCAUAGUUCUGGCGGAUAAAGUUGUGGACUUUCUGUAUGGGGUAUUCCUCCGUCAAGAAUUGACUGUGACCUCCGUGCUCAGAGGGCUGCAGAUGGCGUACCUGGAGCAUUUCUCGAGUCAGCCACUGAGUUUUCUGUGUAGGGAGCUCAUGAAGGCGACAUCGGAGGUGCGCAUGGUGCAAGAGUGUGGGAUGCUGCCGCGUCAGCUCCUCGAAAUUGCAGCGAAGCUUCCCUCCGCCGUACGGGAAAUGAAAGAUGCAGCCGUCGGUCGUAAUAAUAACCAAGAGGCGGUGAGCGAUCGUCUAGGAAAAGCGCUGUGGGCGUCGAGGGAGGCGUGGAGGAAGUGGGCCGUAGGAGUGACGUGUCUCCACGUGGCCGCAUCCAUGGCGGGGGUUCUCUCUGGAGGAUCCAUCUGUGAGCUAUAUCGGGAUGCAUUGGGAUCCCAGUUCAUGUCUGUGGGAUUGCCCGGACAGCUCCCAGCUGCAGCUGCCCCUUCCUCAUCCAAUCCACUUGCUGCUCUGCGCUCCGACAGAUUGGUGUCUGGCUUUGAUGACACAUCAUCAUCACCGUGGUACUGCGGUAAUGAUGCUGACGCAGUCAAGUGUGGACCUGGUGUAACGCUCAUUCGCGCCAUUUCCAACCGCCUCAGGGAGGCAUCUUCUUCCACCAUGGAGGAUUUGCUUGCCACUCUGGAAGAUCUCAUGCAUGGCUUCCCUGAGUUCCAACAUGACUUGCAGGUGCUUAGACGCCUCAUGAAGGACAGCAGCCAACAACAACAACAACAACAACAACAACCGCAACAGCCGCAACAACCUCAACAACAACAACAACAACAACGAGUUGAAGAAAGGUCUCCGCCGCAGCUGCGAGCGGAAGCAGCAGCAGCAGCACACUUGUCAGGAUCGGGGGGGUCUGGGGAUGGCAGCAUAGAGCAGAAGGCUUCAGGAGGAGCGACUCAGGCGGUGGCCGCUGCUGUGGGCCUGAGAUCGAGCACAGCUGGGGGGUUGACUGAGGGUAAGCUUGCUGGCGGCGUAUCCGGUAACCCAGCAGCAGCAGCAGCAGCAGCGGGAGGAGGAGGGGGGGGUAAUCAGCAGCAAGAGGAAAGUGAUAAUGCGGCAGCGGCGACAGAACGUGAAGAUGCGGGGAAACCUGGAUUGGCAGGGGGUGGGAUAUCAGAGUCAGCCGCUAUGGCGCAGAGGGGGAUGAGUGCAGCCAUGCGUAGGAGAAUGGCCCUUCAGGCCCCGCGCCAGGUUAGGACGCAGGUCACGAUAACUGCUGAGAAGGUGUCGACAGUUCUGCGAAGGAUUGCGAACGAAUUGAUAACUUCGUUCGAGUUGUUACCGUUCCACGAAGUGUUUUGCUUUUCCGAUGUGUCUGUUCUUGAGGAAGCCAUAUCCGCGACACCUCGGGCUAGCAUUCAACACGAUCUUGUGGCGGCGUCUGCACGACUUAAGUGCGAAUGCUGUACGAAUGACGGGUCGAUAUCGUCCACGAUGCACGAUACGUCCAUAGCGUUCUGUUUGUAUAGGCACAGCGACGAGUACAUCAACAUUCACGACUGGUACAAGUCGUUUGAGGGGAUAUACGCAGCGCCUCCGUCGACGCCGCCGAGGGCGCGGGAAGCAGCGCAAUCGGCAACCAAGAGGGGCGCUGGGAGGCCAAGGAAGAGGUCAAGGGAGGAGGAAGAGGCGGGGCGGCAAACUGUAGAUAGAGAAAAGGGAAAAGAGAGAGACGCCGAUGGCUGCAGCGAGGAUGAACGUAAGAAGAAGUCCAUCAGCAGUUCACAGGAUGCUGCAGCUCUACAGGCCCGGUUUGUUCGGGCGACGUCUGAGUUACAGGUUCUGGGCCUGGUUCGAGUGCCCGGAAAGCGACGGCCGGAUCAUGUGCAGCGUGUAGCAUACGGCGGCUGAUGUAACUCCUCUCUUUUCUUCUUUCUCUUUUUUCUUCUUCUUUCUUUCUUUCUUUUUAAUAACUUUUUUACAAUGGCGGCAGCCGAUGUA